GGGCACAUGCGCCCCCCCCUCUCGACGCCCACUUUAAAAUGGACAGUUAACUUAAUCUUGUCGUCACCACACGACUUCGUGAUGAACUAAUAGUCCCCAUCAUGUCGCCAAUGAGACGAGACAAUAAUUUUGCGUCAUAGUCAUUUCCAAUAAACGCGCGUGUGAAGAUGACACCUGUAGUAUAAACCUUUAAUUAAAAAUCGGUCGUACUUAAGGAGGACAUUCUGCGGAGUUCCUCAUUUCUUUGGUCAGCGGGGAUCGCAUCAACUUGGCAAGAUGAAUGAACGGGUGGUGAUGUUAAUGUUUUUAAUUUGUUUUGCAUCAGGACUCCUACCAGGAGGGCUUGGCGCCUACACUCAGCACAACCCAGCCACGGGGUUCACCUUCAUCGUGUUCGAGAGCCUCGCAGAUGAGACCAACUCUUGGUACGACGCGCGGGCGAAAUGCCGCAUUCACUCGGAGUACGCCGACCUGGCGGAGAUAACCGCACCCAGUGACGUCACCACCGUGGAGAAUCUUCUGACAAACUCGCAAGCAGCCUCAACUUCGUUCUGGUUCGGAAUCUACGACCACUUGUCCGAGAAUGCUUUCAAGUCCCUGUAUGAUGGGUCAGAUAUAACCUUCGAGAAAUGGGACGGCGGGCGGCCCAAAAACGACGCGAACAAGAACUGCGGCACCGUGGUUUCAUCCAACAGUCGCUGGAGAGACGAGGCGUGUACGGGGUCCAAAAUGCGGGGCGUCCUCUGCCGAAUGCUUACCCCGAUUCCCCCAUCAUCCAUUGACCCUAACACAGGGUGCCGACCUACAAUGGUUCCAUUCGGUGGUCUCUGCUACGAUUUCCGACUGUUGGGGAUCGGGAAUUUCAGCCAUGCACGCCAGGCCUGCGAAGCUCACCCUUCGGGUCGAAUGGUCGUACCCAACGGCCAAACGGAAGCGGAUUUUGUUCACCUGUACGCUAUGCUAACGGGCCAAACGGAUUUUUGGCUCGGCAUCACGGACGAAUACAUCGAUGACGAUCUCCGCAGUAUCUACGGACCAGACCUCUCCUACGACAAUUGGCAUGCUACGGGUUCGGGCGUGAUUUUGCUUGAGAUAGACUGUGCUUAUAUCGACGCCGUCACUGGGGACUGGUAUACGGACAACUGUGGCGAAUUGAAGAGCAUCAUGUGUACCGUCGUUCCACCAUCUCAAGGUAAUCUCAAAUUUGGUUCGUUCGUAUUCCGUGUUGUUGUCGAGCUACAAUCCUGCAACGCCAAGUACUACCCUUGA